AUGCAGAACCCACUGUGGCUUCGGGUAAGAGCAGUGCUUCCCAACUGCCUAGAGGAAUUCCCAGCAGAUGUGGGCCCAGAGGUGGAUGCACCUAUAGUCCACUGUGUAAAGGAGGCUGCUGCCUGUAUUUAUAGUGGUGACCUGGCACAGUGCAAACAGCUGGGGGAACUUAUUAUGGACAUCAGCUGGGAGAAACUGAAUGGAUGUAACUGGAGGGAGGUUUCCCGGGACUGGAGGAGUGCUUACUCCUAUGGCUGCAUGUUUAAGGUAGUCGGCAUAUGUGGCUGUGCAGAGCUGAUGGAGAGGCCAGAGGAGGAGGCCCUGCUGGUAUGUGACAUGGCACUGCUUCUGGGAGCUGAGAUCAUCAACAAUGUGAUCAGCAGAAUUAUCGCUGAAUUGAGACUGCCACACCACUCUGAAGAAUCACCAGAGAAAACAGGUAUCCCAUCUACUGCCAGUAAUAAUUUUUGGAAGGCACAGUUCACUCAACUCCUUUUACCUCCUGCUAAAUCUGGCACCACUGUUCCAAUUCUCAACUGCCCCUCCCUUGAGCAUUUUAGAAAGAACUUCCUUAUCACAGAGAAACCUGUAAUCUUAGAAGGGGUCAUUGAUCACUGGCCAUGCAUGAAAAAGUGGAGCAUUCAAUACUUACAGCAAGUGGCUGGAUGCCGUACUGUACCCGUGGAGCUGGGAUCCAGAUACACUGAUGCAGAAUGGUCUCAAAAGCUGAUGACUGUUAAUGAGUUUAUUAAUAGAUACAUACUGGAUCAGCCAACUCGCAUGGGAUAUCUGGCCCAACAUCAGUUGUUUGAUCAGAUACAUGAACUGAAGGAGGAUAUUGGAGUUCCUGAAUAUUGUUGCCUCGGUGAAGGAGAUGAAGAUGACAUUACUAUUAAUGCUUGGUUUGGACCUGCUGGAACAGUUUCCCCUCUUCACCAAGACCCUCAGCAGAAUUUCCUAGCUCAGAUUGUAGGAAGAAAGUUUAUCCGCUUGUACUCAGUGAGUGAGACUGAACACUUAUACCCAUUUGAUAGUAACCUGCUUCACAACACCAGCCAGGUUGAUAUAGAAAAUCCAGACCUGGAGAAGUUCCCUAUGUUUAAACAAGCUAUCUAUCAAGAAUGCAUCCUGAGUCCUGGACAAAUCUUAUUCAUCCCAGUGAAAUGGUGGCAUUAUGUCCGAGCUCUAGAUAUCAGCUUUUCUGUCAGUUUUUGGUGGUCUUGA